GUGGCCGCACGCAGCCCAGUCAUGGGGGACCCCUUCAUUCGCCACAUCGCCCUCCUGGGCUUCGAGAAGCGCUUCGUCCCCAGCCAGCACUACGUCUACAUGUUCCUGGUGAAGUGGCAGGACCUGUCUGAGAAGGUGGUCUACCGGCGCUUCACUGAGAUCUACGAAUUCCAUAAAAUCUUAAAGGAGAUGUUUCCUAUCGAGGCGGGGGACAUCACCCCAGAGAACAGGAUCAUCCCCCACCUGCCAGCCCCGCGGUGGUUUGAUGGGCAGCGGGUGGCCGAGAGCCGCCAGGGCACCCUCACUGAGUACUGCAACUCGCUCAUGAACCUGCCUGGCAAGAUCUCCCGCUGCCCCCACCUCCUCAACUUCUUCAAGGUGCGCCCUGACGACCUCAAGCUCCCCACGGACAGCCAGGUGAAAAAGCCAGAGACAUACCUGAUGCCCAGAGAUGGCAAGAGUAACGCUGCAGACAUCACGGGCCCCAUCAUCCUGCAGACGUACCGCGCCAUCGCUGACUAUGAGAAGAGCUCAGGCUCCGAGAUGGCUCUGGCCACAGGCGACGUGGUGGAUGUCGUGGAGAAGAGCCAGAGUGGCUGGUGGUUCUGCCAAAUGAAGACAAAGCGCGGCUGGGUCCCGGCGUCCUACUUGGAGCCCCUGGACAGUCCCGAUGAGGCAGAAGACCCAGAACCCAACUAUGCAGGUGAGCCCUACGUCACCAUCAAAGCCUACACUGCCCUAUUGGAGGACGAGAUGUCUUUGGAGCAGGGCGAAACCAUCGAGGUCAUUCAUAAGCUCCUGGAUGGCUGGUGGGUCAUCAGGAAAGAAGAUGUCACAGGUUACUUCCCAUCCAUGUACCUGCAACAGGCAGGGCAGGACACAGACCAGGCCCAAAGCCGGAUCAAGAGGGGAGCGCCGCCCCGCAGGUCGUCCAUCCGCAACGCGCACAGCAUCCACCAGCAGUCACGGAAGCGCCUCAGCCAGGACACCUAUCGGCGCAACAGUGUCCGAUUUUUGCAGCAGGGCCGCCGCCGGGCGCCGCCGGGGCCCCAGAGCCCAAGGAGCCCGCUGAAGGAGGAGGAGCCGCCCAAGACCGAGCGCCCCAAGCCGCAGCCGGCCGUGCCCCCGAGGCCCAGCGCAGACCUCAUCCUGCACCGCUGCAGCGAGAGCACCAAGCGGAAGCUGGCCUCCUCCGUCUGAGGCCGCCCCCACAUGAUGCUCUCCCCACCUCCAGCCCCUAUCCCUGUAUAUACAUGUAUAGAGCCUGAGGUUUGGCGGCAGAUGGCAGCCCCGGGCCCUGCCCCACCUAGCUAU